CUAAGGUAUAUGGAUAAUCAAGGAGUAGGAAUGAGGCAACAAUUCCCUGUUGAGGGAAAAUGGUCCCUUGGUCUUCAGUCUCGAGCCCAACCUCGUGAAAUAAUGACUGACGUCCUCAAAGCUCUGCAAGAAUUGAAUGUCUGUUGGAAAAAAAUUGGACCCUAUAACAUGAAGUGCAUAUGGACUGUUGUCAUCCCUGGUCAUCAAGGAGGAAUGGUUAAUGAUUCUGUGCAUAGUGAUGAUAAUGAAGUUGUUCCUAAGUCAACUGUAGUCAAGUUUGAAUUGCAGUUGUACAAAACUGAGGAGAAAUAUCUACUUGAUAUUCAAAGGCUUGAGGGACCCCAAUUUGCUUUCUUGGAUCUUUGUGCUUCCUUCCUUGAGCGGCUUCAUGUUUUAGAGUGAGAGAUGAAAAGUGUUUUUGAAAAAAUUACGAGUAAGGGUAAUUUUAAUCUUAUGAUUAACUUUUAAAUGCAUUUAAGUGUAACCUGAUAC